AUGUCCGCUCGCACGAGAAGGCAGAAGGCUGCCCAGCAGGCCAAGGUCGAGGACGAGCAUUCAGACUCGAACCCGAACGGAAACUCGAACAAGGUCGCCGAGAAGGCGAAUGGAAGUACAGAGAAGCGCGGUGCCAGGCGCAAACGGACGCCGUCGCGGGACGAGGAGCAAAGAGAGAACAUCUUUUUGUUCUGGCCCAAUAUCAUCGGAUACGUCCGCAUCGUCCUUGCAACCGCAUCUCUCUACUACAUGCCUCUGCACCCUCGAACAUGCUCCAUCCUGUACAGCGUCUCGUGCCUCCUGGACGGCCUUGACGGCUAUGCAGCCCGUGUCUAUAACCAAUCCACUACCUUUGGCGCGGUGCUCGACAUGGUAACUGACCGGUGCACAACCGCUUGUCUGCUGGUAUUUCUCAGCUCUGCCUGGCCUCGAUGGGCUAUCUUGUUCCAGGGCCUGAUCAGUCUUGAUCUUACAAGCCACUACAUGCACAUGUACGCCACGCUCACCAUGGGCGGGUCGAACCAGAGCCAUAAGAAGAUCGAUUCUAGCAGAAGCUGGAUCUUAUAUCAGUACUAUAACAACAAGGCUGUGCUCUUCACCUUCUGUGCCAUGAACGAAAUGUUCUUCAUCGGCCUCUACCUGCUCUCCUUCUCUUCGCCGACUCUAUCUCCUUCUCUCCUUCAGCCGAGCUCUGUCCCUAUGGCGCAACCGACCACCCUCUUCGCCAACCCGUGGAGCGCCGGAGCCCUCGAGAUGGCUCGUGCAAACAAGAUGGACAGCUUCUGGCCAUGGGUCCUCACAGGUAUCUCUGCACCUAUCAUGGCUGGAAAACAGUUUAUCAAUAUCGUCCAGAUGGUCAAGGCCAGCCGCUGGUUGGCAGAAGGCGAUAUUGCUAGGCGACAGAAGUUGGGCAUCGCAAAGUGA